GUAAACCGGAGUGGGGGAGAGGGUCGGUGUGAGACAGGUUGGUGUUGGCCAUGAAAGACCCCGGGAGAAGGGGCCGGAGUGUCCCGGGGCAGACGGGGAAGGACCCAGAGACCCCCUCAGCGAUGCCCCCGGCGCAAGCGGGACGGGACUUGAAUGGGCGUGGGGAAAGGAGCUGGAGGGUCCAGGGACCUCCCCAGGGCAGAGGCCGAAGUCCCCUCCGGGGUGGACGGGAAACCGGCUGGAGACCCCGGGGCUGGAGGGGUAAAGCUGGCUUGGGGACAAUGGGGGCAGCCCCGCGACACGGAGCCGCGGUGCGCGGGACGCGUCUCGCCCGGCAGUGACCUUGAGCGGAUCCCGGACCGAGCUCGGCCGCUGUUCACGGCCUCAGAGCGCAGCCGAGCUUUUGCGGACCGGGAAUCAGAGUUGGUGGUUUCGCUCAGGGGCUAGGAGGGUGGGGGGCUUCUGCCCGCGGGGCUGGGAGUGCUGGGGAGAGCUGUCAUCAGAGUGCCGCUGCCACAUCGCUUAGAGAGCGACAUCUGCUCCGGAGAGCUGCGGGUUGUCAGCGGGACUGGGGUUAUAGCGAGGACUCCCUCGCGGGUUUGUAUGUGCUCCCACCGUGGGGUGAUUUAAGGAGCGAACAGUGGAUUAGUUUAGCUCGGUGAGCUGGAUGUGGUGCUUAUAGCAGCAAGGUCAAGGUUCGAUCCCCAAAUGGGCCAUUCACUCAAGAGCUGGGACUCGACAGCCCUUCUGGGUCCCGUCCAGCUCAGACUAUUCUGUGGUUCUUUGCUGAAGGAGAUGCCAAGCGCUGACUCCGGAUGGUUCCCAGGCGGGUGCUGAGGCAUUAGCAUGCUGGGCAGGACACAUCCCUGGCCAGGGUACACAAAGGCCCUGUCUGUGUUUGCCAGAGAAUCAUCUUUAGCUCCAGUUGCAGCAAAGAGCAGUUUGUGGACCAGACUGACAGGGUGGCAUUAAAAAGGACAUGAAUUGGGGUGGGGGGUUUAUACUAAGUUCAGUUCUGUGUAUAGGAGGCUGAGGCUGUGCCCAGAUGAGAGAACUGGAGCAUGGAUACCCUGCUUGGUAUCCCCUGCUUGGAUUUCCAGGCAGAAGUUCAAGAAAUGCUGUUUUGUGCAUGAUGGGAAGGAGCCACUGAGGGAUGGUUUUGGCACGUAAGCUGCUACAGAGUUUAAGAAUGUGUGAGCUGUGGUGUGGUUGUACCUUGUUUUGGAGGGCAGGUCAACUCUUAGGAGAUGUAGCCAUUACUUCGAUACCAGUCUCCCUAAAAUUACUUGAAAGAUCAUCAAAGGGUAGCUUAAUGAGUGUGACUGGAUCCGUGCCCUGAGUGAGGCCUUGGUCUCAAUUUCUGGAAGAUUAAAUCGUUUGAAUAAAACUCUUUUAUGUUGCCAAAGUAAGAAUUGCAGCCAUGCUGGUCAUCCCUGGAGCUGUCAGGGUCCCUUCCUUCUUCCACACAGGGGAGGCUUUGAGUGCCUUAGAGCCGUGGAGUUAAAGUGACUUUGUCUAAUUCAGAUCCUGAAUGAGAGGAGUUACUGGUAAGAGUCCAGAGAAAGUACAGCUAUUUAUUUCCUCAAGAAGCUGUGGCUGAAAGUCUAAACCUAAAGCACUACAGCAUAUAAAACUGAAGAUCAAGGAUACGUAUUUAUUAUUAUUGUUGUUGUUGUUGUUGUUUUGUUUUGUUUUCCAUAUUGCAGUAAUGAGAAUGUUUUCUGCAGGUAGCCCUUCCUUUUCCUUUGUGGCGAGCUCAGUUCUGUCCCUAGGUGACAGAGGAAUUUGGAAUAUGGACUGAACCCUCAAAUUCCACCAGGGAAUCAUAUUGGCUAGGCUCUAUUUUAUUUAUUUAUUUUUUUAAAAUGAAAUAUUAAGCUAGUGGGAUUCCUAACAAGAACCAAGUCAUGUUUUCACAGUUGCUGUGUGCAGAUAAUUCCUGUGCAGGAAGCUUUGUGUGUCAAGUUGGUAUUAGUGGACCCAGUAAGGCUGUAAUUGAAAUUUAAGCAAUCCAGGCUUUGUUUAGCCAGAUUGUGGUGUUUGUUGUGCCUUAACUGCCAAGACAAUUGCUUGGGAGGGUGAAGCUGUCUUUACAAUGGUAAAAAUGUUAGACCUAGGUGCCCUUGGGCAUUUUUAACUCCCCUGUCCAUCUGCAGGAGUCGUGGUAGCUUGCAAUACUGUUUGUUCCUGUUCAGCAAAUAUUUUGUUGGCCGACGGGCAAUGAAAUGGUCACUUAAUGGGACACCCACCCCUGAUCUGCCAUAAUUUCAUAACUGUAAUUCUUCUCUGCCAGAGGUAAACAACUUCCAGUUGUUUUGUUACUGUGUUUCUAGUAGAAAGUCUCUGGCCUAUGUGAGUUCUUCAUGAAUUCUGAAGUGUUGAGACACUUCCCCAGGAAUCACAGACUGAUUUGGGUUGGAAUGACCUGAAAGUCCAUACUGUCCCAUCCCCUGCCAUGGGCAGGGACGCCUUCUACUGUCCCAGGUUGCUCCAAGCCACACUACCAGGGAUGGGACAGCCACAGCUUCUCUGUGCACCCUCUCCCAGGGCCUCUGCACCCUCACAGGGAACAAUUUCUUCGCAGUAUCUCAUCUAACCCUGCUCUUGGUCAGUGGGAAGCCAUUCCACCUGUCCUGUCACCCCCCCCCCCCCCCCCCACCCCCGGGCUCUUGUCCCAGGUCCCCCUCCCUUGGAGCUCCUUUAGGUAUUGAUGAUGUGUCUUGGUAAUGUAAAGUGCUCUGAAAUCGGUGUGUGGUGGUGGCUGCUCAUCCCUUUGAGUUCUCACUUGGUGAAUCUGUUUUCAGACCUCAGGUUUUGGCUCCCUUGUUCCUGUUCCUGCUUCUUGCUCUUGCUCUAGGUCUGCUCUCCAGCAGUUCAGCUCGUGACUGGGCACACUCUUCCAUUUGCCAGCACCUGGAAUACAAGUUAUGAUCCAGCUGCAGUCAAGCCUUUCCCAAAAGUUCAGCUACCCAAACACUCCAGGGGUUUUUUAAAUUUGAUGCAGAAAAUCCUGGAACUGAAAAGUGACGUCCUGACACCUGGGAGCAUCACAGACCUGGAAUGACAGGGGAGAAACUGCUUUGGUUGGCCGUCCCUGAUCUUGCAUGUCCAUUACAAGAGCAGUCUGGACUGUGGUGAGAGCUGCCAAGUGUGCCUGCUGCUCCUGGAGCUCAGGAAACAGCCAUGGUGACAUCAGAAGGUGUCACCAUCAGCCACAUGGUGCCAGCACUUGCAGUCUGGUUGGGCAAGGCUGGAAGGCUGGGCCUGGAUCUGCUCUGUACCUUUGAGGGACAUCUGGACCUCUCCUGCCUGACCCCAAGGAGCCAUGGAGGACAAACGCAACAUCCCCAUCAUUGAGUGGGAGCACCUGGACAAAAGGAAAUUCUAUGUGUUUGGGAUUUGCAUGACUAUGAUGAUCCGAGUGAGCGUUUACCCCUUCACACUCAUCCGGACGCGGUUGCAGGUUCAGAAGGGCAAGAGCCUGUACAACGGGACUUUUGAUGCCUUUGUGAAAAUCCUGCGGACAGAAGGGACGGCUGGGCUCUACCGUGGCUUUCUGGUCAACACCUUCACCCUGAUCUCGGGACAGUGCUACGUGACAACAUAUGAGCUCACUCGGAAGUAUGUGUCACGGUACAACAACAACAACGCUGUCAAGUCUCUGGUGGCCGGUGGCUCAGCCUCCCUGGUGGCCCAGAGCAUCACAGUGCCCAUCGAUGUCAUCUCCCAACACCUCAUGAUGCAGAGAAAGGGGGAAAGCAUGGGCAGGUUCAAGGUGCAGAGCCCAGACGGCAAGCGUCUGCUGGUCUUUGGCCAAACCAAGGACAUCAUUGUACAGAUUUUCAAGGCUGACGGUUUUAGAGGCUUCUACAGGGGUUAUGUGGCCUCGCUGCUCACUUAUAUUCCCAACAGUGCGGUUUGGUGGCCCUUCUACCACUUCUAUGCUGAACAGCUUUCAAGUUUGACUCCUAAAGACUGUCCCCACCUCCUUCUGCAAGCAAUAUCAGGGCCACUUGCAGCUGCAACAGCUUCCACACUCACCAACCCCAUGGAUGUGGUGAGGGCUCGGGUCCAGGUGGAAGGCAAGAGUUCCAUCAUUCUCACCUUCAAACAGCUCAUUGCAGAGGAAGGUCCCUGGGGGCUGACCAAAGGCCUCUCUGCCCGCAUCAUUUCGGCCACUCCUUCUACCAUUGUCAUUGUGGUGGGGUAUGAAACACUGAAGAAGCUGAGCCUGCGCCCAGAGCUGGUGGACUCAAGGCACUGGUAGAGGCAGCUGGUGGAGGUGAAUCUUCCUGUGAGCCCUCUGAAUCUGGACUGUUGCAGGGGAGAGCCUGGGAUGUGAUGCAGCUGCUGUGCCUUUGUCUCUGGCUGGUUUCACAGCACAAGGCAGAUACAAAAGCAACUGCACUUCACCUCUUUACAUUUGAGUUUCAUACAAUGGUCUGCUACUGGUUUUGACCUUUGGCCCUGCUGUUUGCCUGGGACAGUUCAUUCCAGGUGUGUGAACGCAUCCUGGCAAGUUACUAAUUCCCCUUUUUUUUUUAAUUAAAGAUUUAGUGGCUUAAGGAAAAAGCCAGUUUAUUCUCUUUAAAUUACUUUCAUCUUUGCCAAACUUCCAAGGAGAGGAGUCUCACAGCCUGCAGCAGGACCCUCUGGUGGGAUGUCUCUAGUGGCACUUGUGUUGUGGAAAGCUGGAAGCAGAAAAUAGACAAGUGACUUUCUCCAAUUACCUGCAUUUAUUUGUAGAAGAUGUGAGACAAGUGUAACCUGGAACCAUUUCAGACCUGAUUUCCUGCGUUUUGAAUGGAUUACAUACUUGUUUUGUAAUAUUCUUGGAAAACGUUCCUUAUCUCUCAUCCUCCAAACAGCAAACUGUCUGACAGCAAGUCAGGAGCUGAGCUGACUGUUUAGAAUUAGCUGAUGUAGGUUUUGACACCUAACCUGUGUUUUAAAUCUAUUGUAAUUUAAUUUUUUUUUUAUUUUAGGGACACUUAUUCCGGUAUCUGGGGAACUGA